GUCAAAUGUGAUGCAAAGAAACAUGGCGAAAGAAAAAAGCAUGGACGAGGAGCGUGCGGAAAAAACAGAGGUUUUACUCCCGAAACCUAAUAUUUCCAGAUUCAAGAACAAAAUCAGGAGAUCUGAGGCCUUCAGAGAGAUGAAAAAACAGCAGAUAAAGCUGAAAAAGAAAGAAAAGAAAAAGAGAAAGCAAGAAGAAGCUGAGCUUGGGGAUCAGGCGCCACCCAAGAAAGUUCCAAAAACAAUAGAAAAUAUGAGAGUGCCAGAUGAAACUAUGGUGAAUCCAGAAGAUGAUGAGGUGCUACAAGAUGAAGCUCAAGAUGAGAUGGCGUCAUACUUCAACAGACAGUCAUGCCCAAAGAUUCUCAUUACAACAAGUGACAGGCCUGGCAAGAAAACAAAUUGUUUUUGUAAGGAACUUAAGAAAUGCUUUCCCAACUCAGAAUUAUACUACAGAAGAGGUUUGGACUUGAAAAAAAUCAUACCGCAGGCAUUGGCAAAGAAUUUUACUGAUCUGCUUGUUAUACAUGAGGACAGAAAAGAGCCAAAUGGACUAGUCAUUUCACACUUACCAGAUGGACCCACAGCACAUUUUAAGAUGUCCAGUGUCAAAUUAACUACACAGUUGAAGAGAAAGGGUAGUAUGUCUGAUCAUAUGCCUGAAGUAAUAUUGAAUAAUUUCAACACAAGACUAGGUCAUUCUGUUGGUCGAAUGUUAGCAUCACUUUUUCCACAUGACCCAGAAUUCCACGGAAGGAGAGUUGUCACUUUCCAUAAUCAGAGAGAUUACAUAUUCUUCAGGCAGCAUAGGUACAUGUUUAAAAAUUCUAAAAGAGUGGGAUUACAAGAAUUGGGUCCAAGGUUUACAUUAAAACUUAGGUCGCUACAGAAAGGUACCUUUGACUCCAAGUAUGGGGAAUAUGAAUGGGUCCAUAAGAGACAUGAAAUGGAUACAAGUAGGAGGAAAUUCCAUUUAUGAUGUUGCUGAAAUGUAUACAUGUGAGAGAAAAACCCUUUUAUUGCAAUGCCAAUGGAUCUGUGCACCAGAUGCCUCUGAAGCAGAACAUUACAACUACAGGGCAUGAUGCACAUAAAACAAUUUACAUAGCACUAUUUAUAACUGAAUAUUUCUGGACAUAACACAGAUUUUCGUCUCACUUACUAGUUUGUUUUGCAUUGAUUGAGAGAGGUCUUUUAAAUUAAAGAUGUCUUAAAACACUAAUAAAU